UAUGACGACGACGCUUGGCCGGAGCUUUCGAUUGUAGACUCGUGGAAGGGACAGUGUAAAAAGGUAGAGAGGGUGAGCUUUCUUCCACAGUAACGAUUUUAACAAUGGCGCUCCCGAAGAGCAUGCGCAUUGUUGCGGCGAUCACACUGUGCAUGUUUAUUUAUCUCGUGUCGCUCAUCUUCCAGGCGCCCGCUGAGUUACAACCACCGAAUCGAGAGGCGGCUGUAGAGACACCCAAGAAGAUCAACGAUUGGACACACGACCCGCAAAAAGAUGUUUCUGGCGAGCCUCCAGAACCGCUUCGUCGGGUCAAUGGCAACAACUACGACGCUGACAACGCGAAUAGCGAUCGCAUAAACGCCACGAUACUUAGUCUAGUGAGGAAUUCAGAGCUGGACGACUUGUUGCAGAGCAUGAGGGAUCUUGAACGAACAUGGAACCACAAAUUCAACUACCCUUGGACGUUUUUCAACGAUGUACCUUUUACAGAAGAAUUCAAGCAAAAGACAAGGGCCGCUACGAAAGCGGAGGUCCGCUAUGAGCUCGUACCCGCCGACCACUGGAAGAUCCCCGACUGGAUAAACAUGGACCUCUACCACGAAUCCGUCGCCCUCCUCACCGACGACGACCACCGCGUGCAGUACAUGGAAAAGACAUCAUACCACCAGAUGUGCCGAUGGAACAGCGGCAUGUUCUCCCAACACCCCGCACUUGCCGACUACCAAUACUACUGGCGCGUGGAGCCCAACGUCCACUUCUUCUGCGACGUUGACUAUGAUGUAUUCAGGUGGAUGCAGGACCACAACAAGACGUACGGCUUCAACAUCAACAUCUACGACAGCCCGGAGAGCGUGGAAACACUGUGGCCAGAAACCCUGCGUUUCAUGCAGGACCAUCCGGAGUACAUACACAAGAACAAUGCAAGGGAGUGGCUGCAGGACAACGAGCGCCGGCCGGAUAAGCAUAGGAUAGCGAAUGGGUACUCAACCUGCCAUUUCUGGUCCAAUUUCGAGAUUGGCGAUUUGGGAUUCUGGAGGAGUAAGAAGUAUAGGGAUUACUUUGAUCAUUUGGAUCGAGCGGGUGGGUUCUUUUAUGAGCGGUGGGGUGAUGCGCCUGUCCACAGCGUUGCGUUGGGGUUGUUCGAGGAUAAAAGCAAGAUCCAUUGGUUCCGUGAUAUCGGCUACCAGCACAUUCCUUUCUUCAACUGUCCGAAUAGCCCGAAGUGCUCAGGCUGCACGGCUGGCAUGUUCACUGACGGCGAGAAGUGGCUGAACCGGGAGGACUGCCGGCCUCUGUGGUUUAAGUAUGUUGGCAUGGACUAAUUUACACGCUCUAUUUUUGAAGGUUUCGUAUAAAAGUUCACACAGGUCGUGGUGCUGGACUGUUCACAUUACGAGUAGGGUUAAGGGGGAUACUAUAACAUGCCAGACAUUGUGUCAUAGGAGUUCCGGCAGGAUGAAUCUGUAGCAUUUCAGCGUUCACGACUUUAUUUCCAGUUUACCAUAGAGAUUAAAAUCAUCGAGUCAUGUCCAUAUCAUCCCCUUGCCUUAUGACUCAAUCAUGUAAUCCAAAGGCUCUGGUUGGC